AGUGUGUGAGCAGCACGUGGACCCUGUGGGACCCUGCGUACUUUAUGGCAGAGGCACGAAAUAUGCUGCUGGCUGUUGCUUCAUCGGGGUCAGCAACGAGGUCGGCAUUCGGUACUCAAUUGUUGGCUGGCAGCUUGACCGUCGUUGGCAUUCCUGCGUCUGAAGCGACCAUGGCAGGUGUGGCAGCACUAGUGUGGAAAACUCGAGAAUAUGUGAAGACCAAGGAGUUCCGGGAUUACAUAACUAACACCCACUUCUGGGGUCCUGUGGCCAACUGGGGCCUUCCAAUGGUUGCCUUCAGGGACAUGAAGGCGCCACCCGCUAUUGUCAGUGGCCGCAUGACAACAGCCCUCAUGUUCUACUCCAUGGCUUUCAUGUGCUUUGCCUACUGGGUCCAGCCUCGAAAUUAUCUGCUGAUGGCCCGCCAUUUCACCAACGUGGUGGUGCACAGCAUGCAGGCCAGCUGGUACCUGGGGGGUCAAGGCCAGCAACCCCCCAGCCAAAGCUUGAUGACUGGGGGUGGGGGUAGCCUGACCCAGUUUGAUGACUGGGGGUGGGGGUAGCCUGACCCAGUUUGCUGACUGGGGUGGGGGUAGCCUGACCCAGUUUGCUGUGUGC